AAGCCGCAGCCUGGGAGGCGAGCUGGGGAUCUCGGGGAGCCUGUGUGGGCAGGGAGGGGGGUGUCAGCGCCGGUACGGCGGGCAGGGGGUAGGCAGGUCGCCAGCAAUGUUUUCCCUUUGCCAGGAACUCCUGCGCUCGCCCGCUCUCCCUCAUCUCCGGGGCUCUGCGUUCCAACUGUUCUUGCUCUGCUUGUAGUUUGGGACGCUCGGUGUGGCGAUUUUCCUGCAGGAGCAGCUUCCUGCUAAAAAAAUUCCUUGAGGAGGGUGAUGGUAUGAGCUGCUAGAGAGUAUUUUCCUCCCUGUGCCGGCGCUGGAAGCGGCUCUUGGCAGGGAGAUCUCUCUGUCAGCUGUGCCUGGAGCCCAACCUUAUCUUAUCCUGUGCUCUGGAUCUCUGUCCCUGCCACAUCUGGGAGCCGGGACGGAGCGAGAUCUGGGGAGGGGAGACCAGGCAACCGCUGGGGCUGAGGAUGCUCCUCGCAGCCCCCAGACCCUCCCUGGAGCAGCCCGGUGCCAGCGCUGUGUCCGGAGACUGUCUGACCUGGGACUUGUCCCUGGCGGUGACCGUGAGAGGGAGAGAAAACCGGGAUGGGACCGUGCAGCACUUCCAAGUGCUCUCUAGCCUCUGACUCUUCUCAUUUUGGGGGAUUUCUGUGUUUUUGGUGACUUUGGGGGGGGUGUUUCCUCCAUGCCCACACCUCAGGCAGUGGGUGCCCGUCCCCUGUGCGGUGCCCCUCAGCAUCAGCCCCCGUUAGGGCUAAAUCCGCUCGCCCGGAUUAAGUGGCACAACCGCUUGGGGAUUUAAGGGAUGAUGUGGGGGAAGCCGGAGCGGGCUGAGCUCUGGAGAGGGAGGCUCUGGAGUGGGUCAGAGCUCCUCUUCCAGCACGGAGGCAAGGGAGGGGAAGGCUCAGGUGCCUCCAUGAUGCGAGUUUCAGCUUCAGGGCAGCGUGGCAUCACCUGGCAGAGGGUGUUUGUGGCGGGGGGCUGCCUGUCCUGAAGGCAUGGGGUGUCUGAGGAAUCAGGCAGGGAAAAAGCCUUUUGGUACGAUGCUAAGGGAUGUUAUUUUGGUGCUUUUUGUCAGUAGAGCCUCCCUCCCCUUCCAGAUGCAUCCUAUGACCUGAACUUCUAAAGAAAACCCCACAACCUCGGUGUGUUCAUCCCGUCCCCGCAAUGCUCGGGCUCUCCGACCGUGCGGGCAGCUCGUUCGCUUUGUUUUUCCGGGAUCCAGGAGCUCGUUCCCAAGCCAGUCCUGACUGCACGGCACCGGUCUGGUGGCUUCUUGCCGUCUCUGCUGUGCUGCCGGAGCCUGUAUCAUUGCAUGCCUGCCGCGCCAGACCGAUGCAUGAAAAAGCAGCUCCCCUGAAGAGCCCCGAGCCCAUGCACGGCCGUGAGAAACUGGAGGCAUCGCACAAGGAGAAGAGUUUGGAUUCCCUCGACGGCAGCCUCCACCUGAACGAAGCCCUGAAGGAUGAAGACAUCAAGAAAUGCCACCGGGAAGUGGCUGCUAGCAAGUACAACUCCCAGUACCACAAGCUGUUCAAGGACAUCCCGACGGAGGAGAGCGUGCUGAAAGUUUGUUCCUGCGCCCUCCAGAGAGACAUCCUCAUCCAGGGAAGGCUUUACAUCUCCCCAAACUGGCUCUGCUUCUAUGCAAACCUUUUCGGGAAGGACAUUAAGGUUGUGAUCCCGGUGGUCUCCGUACAGCUGAUAAAAAAGCACAAGACGGCUCGGCUGCUGCCCAACGGCUUGGCCAUCACCACCAACGCCAGCAGAAAGUACAUCUUCGUGUCCCUCAUCUCGCGCGACAGCGUCUACGACGUCCUGAGGAGAGUCUGCACGCACCUGCAGGUUUCCAGUAAGAAGAGCUUGAGUUUGAAGGAGCUGACGGAGGAGCCCGACGCCGUGUCACUGGAGGUGAUCGUCCCCGAGGGCAAGUGGAGGAAGGUGUCACCUGCCUCGCUGUCGCUGUCGCUGCCGGACGCCGACUACCAGUGCAUCCACCGGACCUCUGUCAGCAGCCUGAGCGCCAAGGAGAGCUCCUUCACCUCCGAGGAGCCCCUGGUUUCAGAAAGUGCAAUAAACACCGAGGAGGAGCUGGAGGUGGAGCAGAGCUGCGUGGCGGAGCUGCGACCUUCCGACUACCAGCUCCUGAAGAUCUUCAUCGUGCUCAUCUGCCUCCUGGUCGUGUCCUCCUCGUACCUGGCGUUUCGCAUCUUCCGUCUGGAGCAGCAGCUCUGCUCUCUGAACCGGGACUACCUCUCCCGUGGGCACAGGAGGUGACCAUUACCCCCAGCGCUGGCUGAGAACGGACGCUGAGACGGUGGAUCCCGUGGCCGUUGCACAUGGCCCGGCUUUUCCUCGGCCAGUAAAAUGGGACCAAGUAUCUUCUCUCUUCCUACUGGCGCCCGCUGCCGGCGGGACCGCCCGGCCAGCUCACGGCCACCGGUGCCAACUCCCUGUCCCACUAGAAACCCAUUUUUUUCCCCGGGACGCCGCUGCGCCGUAGCACCGGACAAUGGCUCGGGGCUGCUGAGCACUUGGACCUCCCCUUGCUGCUAAAACGGGCAUCGUUUUUUAUUCCAGACUUGGAUUUUUCUUGUUAAAAGAUGACUUUAGGUUUACCGAGAACUCCCAAAAAGGCGGAUGAGUUGCCGCUGCUGCUCUGGGUGCAGCCCGGGCAGCGGCUCUGGGCUGAACCAGCCUGUUCGUCCCCAUCUCUGUACCCCCUGGCUGUGGUCAGACCCCAGGGGUCUACGGGGAGAAAGGGGCCACCAGCCCCGUGGGGCAUCCUCUAUCCCAGCACCCAAGGGUGGGGGUACGAUCCAGGGCCCCUCCUUCUCUGCUGGGCUCCGUACCAGUCCCCAGCCCGUCUCUCCUGGAGCAGCGGGGCAUCUCGGGGUGCGUGCACGCGUGCGUGUGUGUCCCUGCAAAGCACUUUAGGGUGUCGUCCCCCCCCCGCCCAGACCAGGCGUCCUCGCUGGGGACAAUGCUGGACCAAGGCUUCGUUAACCCUGCUCGUCUCGUUAAGACGUCCCGAAGGGAGCCCGUGGCUGGCAGUGAUGAACGCGUCUGUGCCCCGGUUCGUGUUAACCUCGUCACCGCGCGGAGCCGAGUCCCGUGGGAUUUAUCCCGCAGCCUGCCCCGGGAGCGUGCUGGGGCGGCAGGUGAUACCUGUGCGAUUUAUUUUGAUUUUCUUUCCUAUUUUUUGGGAACUACAAGUGCUGAUUGGGCCAAAUCCCCGCGCCCUGGGGAAGAGCUCGGUGCUCGCUCCAGGCUCGGAAUGGCUUUUAAAUGAAAAUAAAACCAGGAUUUUCUAGUACG